GAGACCUUUAAUUUUUCUUAUCCUCUUCUUGGCGCUUCCUUCCACACUCAUCGAACUCUCGUCGCCAUUUAGUGAUGACCUCUCUUCCGACAAUCCUCGCAUCUUCUCCUCCUCCGCGAAACCAAUGCAAACCCUCCACUCCUCAAACCCCAAACCCCGACCAAACUCCACUCAACAACACAUCUUCUUCAUUACAGCUUCUGUCCAAAACCCAUCUAUCCAUAACUCUUUCUCAGACCACCAUCCUCUGUUCCCCUGUCCUCGCAUCAUCAACAGCCCCCUUCACCUCGAUCUCCGACCAAUCCACCGGGAAAAUCGAUCUGGAGUCGAUUCUGAUCACAAUCGACAACUUUUUCAACAAGUACCCGUUCUUCGUGGCGGGAUGCACGUUCAUGUACCUCGUGGUUUACCCGGCUGUGAUCUUCUACCUGAGGAAGUAUAAACCGAUAUCCGCCAUCAACGCGUUUCGGAAGCUCAAGAGCCAGCCUGAUUCGCAGCUUCUGGAUAUCAGAGACGAGAAGACUUUGGCUUCGUUGGCGUCGCCGAGUCUCAAGUUUCUGGGUAAGAGCUCGGUUCAGGUUCCGUAUAGUGAAGAAGAUGAGUCCGGGUUCUUGAAGAGAGUUAAAGGAAGCUUCUCUGAUCCGGAGAAUACUGUUGUUUGUGUACUUGACAAUUUUGAUGGUAACUCCAUGAAAGUGGCUGAAUUGCUUGUUGAGAAUGGAUUUAAAGAGGCUUAUUACAUCAAAGGCGGUGCGAGAGGGAAGAAUGGUUGGUUGGCCAUUCAAGAGGAGCUUUUGCCUCCACCUGUGCAUAUGUAUACUGCGAAAAACGCAAAGUCUACAAAUAAAAAUGAAGCUUCCGUUGUUGGAACUGAAAACUGAUUCAAGAAUAUAGCCUAAUGAUUGUGUGUGGUGGCAAGACUUGAUGAUGAUACUACAAGACCAUUAAAAGACAUGUUUUAGACUUGGUAGUAAAAGACUUGUAAUACAUUGAAAGACAUGUGUUAGAUCUCAAGAGCUGUCUUUGCUUUGUAAAAAGCUAACCUUUUCAAGAUUCAGUUGCGUCACUUCUUUUCGACA